AAACUAAUCAGUUUUGAAUUAGUUAGAAACAAUGGCUUCGUUAGUUCUUUCUUUUCUCAUAAUAUUAUUCGGUUGUUUUUGUUCUUCAGCAGCACUUCUUGUUAACACUUCUAUUCCCCUCAAUAUAGCUUCAGGUCCUGAAAGUCUUGCAUUUGAUUGUAAAGGUCAAGGACCUUAUGUUGGAGUUUCUGAUGGUCGAGUCCUCAGGUGGGAAGGUGCAGAGUGGAAGCAAUUCUCUGUUCCCACAAACCACAGGAGUGAUUCAUGUGAUGGUACUAAUGAUCCUCUAUCGGAACCCGAUUGUGGAAGGCCUUUGGGGUUGGGGUUCAAUAGCAAAACAUGUGAGUUAUAUAUAGCAGACUCCACAUUUGGUCUUUUGAAGGUGGGACCUAAUGGUGGAGAUGCCACUCAACUUGCUGCUGGUAUUGACGGAAUUCCUUUUUUAUUCGCUAAUGGAUUGGACAUUGACCAAAGCACUGGGAUUAUUUAUUUCACAGAUAGUAGCACUAGAUUUCAUAGAAGUGCAUAUGCAGCUAUAAUAUUCAAUGGCGACAGGACAGGGAGGCUAUUAAAAUAUGACCCAAGCACAAAAACGGUGACAGUGUUGCUCGGGAAUCUUGCAUUCCCAAAUGGAGUCGCUGUAAGUCAUGAUGGCACAUUUGUCCUUGUCACUGAAACAAGUACCGGUGGUGUCCAGAGAUACUGGCUUAAAGGUCCCAAAGCUUCAACCUCCGAGGUCUUUAUCCAGCUCCCGGGACAACCAGACAACAUCAAAAGGAAUGCAAAAGGAGAAUUUUGGGCGGCAGUGAACCCUUUUGAAGUAAUACCACCUGUCGUGCCAUACAUUAUAAAUUCUCAAGCCAUGAAGCUAAAUGAAAAUGGGAUGGUUACGGAGGUGUUUGCUGGUAAUGACGGAAGCACACUGGAGGCUAUCAGUGAAGCACAAGAGAAGGAUGGAAAUUUAUGGAUUGGUUCUAUUGUUUCCUCUUCUGUUAGUGUUUUUAAGAUUUAAAAUAUAGCUUUAGUAAUCUAUGGCUUUUGAUUUUUGGAUUGGAAGUUUUAUACUUCUACUAAUAACUUCUGUUAGUAGUAAAUUUUGUUUAAUUUGGUUAGUUAACGUUAUUUCUUUCCUUGGUCCAGCUGUUACACAUAAUUAUUGGAGUUAUCCCAAUACUUCUUGUUUAUUUUCA